UGCUGGUUCCCGGGCUCGGGCUUGAGGUGGCGCGCGACGGGCGAAGCUCGGUGUUCUUGUCUUUUCUAUGAAUUUCACUCUCUGUAGUCUUCACCAGCAAAUGUGGUUUAAUCAUUCAGUAAAAGAGAAGAGUCAUUAACUAGGAGAAAAUGUCAAAUCUAAAAAUGAAAGAGGCAGCCCUUAUCUAUCUUGACAGAAGUGGAGGCCUUCAAAAGUUCAUAGACAAUUGCAAAUCCUACAGUGAUUCAAAACAAAGUUAUGCUGUCUAUCGAUUCAGUAUUUUAAUAAAUCCCUCUGAUAUUAUUGAGUUGGAUGCUGAACUUGGAAAUCAUAUUUUACACCAGCCCUUAAAAGCUGCUCAAGUUUUUCAAUCAGUCUGUUUUAUUGCUGUUAAGACUCUCUCAUUAAUUGGACAAUUACAGACUGAAGCUCAAAUUAAUAUACUGCUGAAGUUAACACAUUUACCUCCUCUGCCAAGUUAUAGUCUUGAUCUUUGUGAGUUUCCGCUUGAUUAUACAUCUCAAAGAUUUUAUAUGAUGCAAGGAAUUGUGAUUGCAAUGACAACUGUAACUAAGUAUACACAAGGUGCAAGAUUUCUUUGUUCAGAUGAAGCAUGCCCUCUUUCAAAAGGAUUUCAGUAUAUAAGAGUGCAUGUACCCGGUGCUACAGAGUCUGCAACAGUAAGAAAUGACUUUUUGUGUAAUCUAUGUUCAUCUUCACUUCAAGAAGACAGAAAAUUUAGAGUACUUGGUGAUAAACAGAUAGUUGAAAUAAUUACCACAAAGGCACUUCAUGCUUUUCAAGGAUAUUCUAAUAACCAGCCAUUUAGGUUUCAAUCUCUCACAAUCUUCCUCAGAGAUGAAUUAGUGAAUGAAAUGAAUAUAGGAAAUGAGUAUAAGAUUAUUGGAAUUCCAACGUGUGUAAAAACAUCACAAACUGCUCUCUGUAUAGAGGCAAAUAGUAUCACUUUUUUCAGUCCAAAAGUUCCUUCAGGAAUUAGCGACAAUUUCAGGUGUCUCCUCUCUUUGACUUCCAGCUCGUACUGGAAGUUUACAGCAAUGCUUGCCAAUAUAUUUGCAUCACAAAUUGUUCCUCCUGGGACUUACAAUUUGCUCAAGCUCUGUUUGUUGAUGAGUCUAGUACAGACAAGUGACCGUAACAAGGAACUGGAAGAUUGCCUGGAUCUUUUAAUUAUAACAAGUGAUAUUCUACUCGUAGACAGGCUUUUGAAUUUUAGUAUAAACCUUGUGUCCCGUGGUAUACGUCAUCCAGUCUCUACUGAAAUUUUUCCUACUCUAUCCAGGAAUAAGUAUGGAACUGGAGCAGUUAGCAUUCAAGGUGGCAGUGCUUUGCUAGCUAAAGGUGGUAUCUGCUUUAUAGGAGACUUGGCUUCACACAAAAAAGAUAAACUUGAACAGCUUCAAUCAGCUGUGGAAAGUAGAAGCAUCACAGUAUACAUCUCGGGAAAGAAGUUUGGGGAUGAUAUGGACCAACAAAUGACUUUUCCAGUUCGGUGCAGUUUUUGGUCUUUUGUUGAUAUGGAUUCAUGUUCAAGAAGAAAUAUACAGAAAACCAAUACUCUAAUUGGUCAGAUGGAUUGCAGUUUGAUUCCAGCUAAUCUCGUAGAGGCAUUUGGAUUAUUGAUUAACUGCAAUGAGUCAUCUCCUUGCCACCCACUUCUUCCUACUGUGCAGCAUACUUUAAAGAAAGCCAUUGAUCCUGAAGGGCUGCUUUAUGUAGCUUCUAAACAGUUCACAACUGAAGAUUUUGAAAAGCUGCUUGCUUUUGCAAAGAAUUUGAAUGUCGAAUUCAGCUUGGAGGCAGAAAGAAUGAUUCAUGGCUAUUACCUAGCAAGUCGCAGAAUCAGAACAGAUUCUAUAUGUGGAUCAAAGCUGUCAGCAUCUGCAUUAAAAUAUUUAGUUUCCCUAUCUGAAGCCCAUGCUCGACUGAACCUAAGGAAUAAAGUGCUUAAAGAAGAUGUACUUAUUGCAGCCUUAUUAUUUGAAACAUCUCUAACAUUGAAAUAUGGGGCCGCUGUACUUUGUGUUGCUCCAAAUGCAGUAUUUCCAUUUGAACUGUAUAAUGAAGAAUAUUUAGAGCAAAGGGAUAUCUAUCUGACUCAGUGCCAACAACAGCUCCAACAGUUUAUUGCCACAUAUGGACCUGGGACAGCUAUCUUUGCUAGCGAUGAAUAGGCAAUCUGAGGAAAUGUUUUCUUCCUUCCUUUUUAAGCAGUGGAAAAAAGUGUGAGUGAUUUUGAAGUAAUGCUUCAGGUAAUCUUGUGUGUAGGGGUACAUUAGAAUGCCACCUUAAAAAAUAUAAAAUAUUUCUUCAAAUUAAUUGCUAAUGGAAUAAACACUAAUACAAAUCUCAAAGCCAACAGCAGAAAUUUAUAAUUUAGGAUAAUCUUUUUUUUUAACAUCUUUAUUGGGGUAUAAUUGCUUUACAA